AUGAAACAAAAUCUUGAUGAAGGUGCAAAUAAGAGAAGAAAGACUCAAGCACAAAAUUUUGAUGUUGAUCUUACUACUCAAGAGGGUGGUGUAGUAGAAAUGGAUGUAGAACAAUCAAGAUCAAAUUCGGUGAUUGUGUCUCAAAAGAGAAAGAAUACUAGUCGUAUUGGUAAUUAUUUUAUGCCUAGAACAACUCCUGGAGCUCAACCUUCUUUAAAAAGUGUGUUACAAAGUAAGGAAUUGGUGGAGAAGUGUGAUCUAGCUAUUACAAGAUGGUUCAUUGAUUCUUCUGUGCCAUUCAAUGCAGCUAAUUCUGCGUAUUUUCAAUCUAUGGCUGAUGCACUUUGCAGCAUGAGUCUGGGGUAUAAAGUUCCAACUAUGCAUAGUCUUCGUGGCUAUUUGUUAAAUAAAUGGGUUGAAGAUGUGAACAAAUUGAUAGAGGAGUAUCGUGAGAUUUGGAAGAAAACUGGUUGUACUCUAAUGGCCGAUGGAUGGACUGAUCGAAAAAGAAGAACUCUUAUAAACUUUCUAGUUUAUUGUUCCAAAGGUACUAUUUUUCUAAAAUCCGUUGAUGCUUCUCAUGCUUCAAAAACUGCAGAUAUGUUGUAUAAGCUUUUUAGAGAGGUGGUUUUAUUUGUUGGGCCUGAAAAUGUAGUUCACAUAGUGACAGAUAAUGCUGCAAAUUAUGUUGCUGCUGGAAGGUUAUUAGAAAAUGAGUUUCCUACUUUAUUUUGGUCUCCUUGUGCGACACAUUGUAUUAACUUGAUGUUGCAAGACAUGGGAAAAUUAGAGGAACAAACAGGUGGAAGAGAAAUCCUUCGUCCUGCUCCAACUCGCUCAGCAUAUGCCAAAGAAGCAAAGGCAAAACAGUUUGUGGAUCAAGUUUUAGAUUCUGGAUUUUGGAGUAAAUGUGCUGAUGUAGUUAAACUCACUGAACCACUUGUGCGUGUGUUGCGUAUUGUUGAUAGUGAAGAUAAACUUGCUAUGGGCAUUCUAUACAAAUCUAUAAUCAAAUCUAGAGAGGAGAUGGUGAGGAGGUUUCAAAGAAAUAAGAAGAAAGUGGAUCUUUACUUGAAAAUCUUAGAUAAACGUUGGGAUUCACAGGUCCGCAAAAAUCUUGAUGCUGCCGAUGAGAUGAGAAUAUUCAAAGACGGUGAAUUAGAUUUUGGAAGGAAAUCAGCUGUGGAUGAACGAUGUAUUGUGAGGACAGAUCAAUGGUGGGAAACUUAUGGCACUUGUACACCAACUUUGCAAAGGUUAGCUAUUCGUAUUUUAAGCCAAACUUGUAGUGCUUCAGGUUGUGAAUGCAAUUGGAGUAUAUUUGAGCAUAUUCAUUCCAAAAAAAGAAAUAGAUUGGAGCACAAAAAACUUAAUGAUUUAGUGUUUGUUCGUUACAACUUGAGACUUCAAAAUAGGAAAAUAAGAAAUGAGAGUUAUGAUCCUAUCAAUAUUGAAACAAUUGCCGACCAUUCUAGUUGGGUAUUAGAGGAUUCACCACCUCUCUUAACCAAUGAAGAGUUGGAAGCAUUGUGGAAUGACCUUGCAAAUAUGACCAUCCAACCAAUUUCAAGUGAUAUUGAUCAAAUAGAUUUAGAUGAGGAUGAAGAUUGA